AUGAGCCGGCGUCUCGUAGGACCGCCCAUUCUACCCAUUGAGCUAUCAGGCUACAACACAGCUCGCGCGACCUACCACGUCUCUGCUCUUGCCGCUUCUGCUGCGCCUAAUCCCCGAGCCGGUCGCGACGUGCAGUCGGCGCCUCGACUGGUCCUAGGCCGACGGACCGGCGACCAAGGAAUGGAGGAGGGACCGCAAGGCCAAGGCCAGGCCCGAGCUGGCCACACCAGUUCCGAGCCCGCGUCGGCCACCUCGGAGAAGCAUCCAGCCCCCGGCAGCUCGUCCGCCAACCACGACGCCGCCAGCAAGAGGCGCCGAGGUCUCGGGAUCGUGACCCCGAACGCCUGUACCGAAUGUCGCAAGAAGCGCGCCAAAUGCGACGGACAAAAGCCCUGUGGCAGGUGCAGGUCGCAGAACGUUGACUGCGUCUACGAAAUCCCCGUCCGCCAGUCCAAGGAGAACCUGCGCAGCGAGAUUGAGCAGCUGAGGAAGCAGCAGCGCCAGAGCGACUCGGUCAUCGAGGCCCUGGGUAAGCCGGGGCUGUGGGAGGAGGUUCUAAGCAAGUUGCGCAACGGCCAGAGCGUCGAUAGCAUAUCCGAAUGGCUCGGCGGCGUCAUGCCUUCAGGCAGCGGCGCCGUGCCCAGCUACCCUCGCGUAGAGCCUAAGACGAGCACGGGUAUAACGCUGCCACCGCUGUCCGGUAUGGGCUUUGGAAAUAUAGGGAGCACCGGGAGCGCAAACGUCCCAGGCGGCUUUGGCAGUGGUAUCUUGCCGCUGGCCCCGCAGCUGGCUCAGAAACACGAGUACGACCAGAACAGCCCCUGGGCAUUCUCGUCACAUAGCCAGACGCAGUCGACCCGGAGCGAUUCCCAUCCCGAUAUCAUGCAGUGGACCGCCGAGCUGCCACCACAUAACCGUGUGGGCAGCUGGGUGCAGGACCAGGCCUCGACCACCGAUAACUCUCGCUACCACGGGCUGGAUCAGAUGAUUGCCCCUGUCGGCUCCCCCGAGAUGAAGGUGCCGCCAGCCCGGUGGACCAACGUGACUGCCGACAACGCCUUGGUACGCCACCUUCUCGCCCUGUACUUUUGCUGGGAAUACCCGACUUUCGCCUCGCUCAGUAAGGAGCAUUUCAUGAAGGAUUUCCUCGAUGGCAGGCCCAGGUACUGCUCGCCAAUCCUGGUGAACGCCCUGCUCGCCCUCGGCUGCAGGUUCUCGAAUCAGCCCAACACCCGGGCCAACGAGAACGACCCGAGCACCUCGGGUGACCACUUCUUCAAGGAGACCCUGCGGUUGCUCUACCGCGAAACCAACCACCACACCCUGACGACGAUCCAAGCAUUGGGCAUCAUGUCCAUUCGCGAGGCGAGCUGCGGACGGGACUCGGAAAGUUGGUACUACGCUGGCCAGAGUGUGCGCAUGGCCAUUGAGAUGGGCUUGCACCGACUCAGCGAUGACGGGGACGAGGACGAGAUCGCCGUGCAAGGGGCCACGUUCUGGGGCGCCUUUGCUCUGGACCACGCAUGGUCGCUGGCCACCGGCUCUCUGCCACAGUCUUCCUGCUUUCCCCAUCUCCCUCCGAAGCCUGCCAUCAUUGACGAUGUCGAGGCCUCCCUGUGGGUGCCGUACACAGACGACGGUGCACCUCUGCAGCGGUCCUGCGAGCAGCCGUCCAAUGUGCGCUCCGUGUACAAAUGUUUCUGUGAACUGAGCGAGCUGGUCCACCAAUCUCUAUACGUGCUGCACUCGCCCGGCAAGCCCGUGACCAGCCGCGACCUCCUGAACAUCUACACCCAGUACCUGAACUGGUAUGACAGGAUACCCGAGGUUCUGCGCCUGGGCCAUAACUUCACCCCGGCCGUCCUGUUCGCGCACAUGUACUACCACUUCGCCAUCCUGCUGCUCUUCCGGCCGUUGAUCAAGUUGCGCAUCAUCGGCUCCAGCAUUUUGCCCCGUGAUGUAUGCAUCCAGGCUGCAGACGCCAUACAAGGCCUUCUCAAAUCGUAUUCACAGCUAUAUACCCUGCGACGCACGCCGUCGUUCGUACCUUACUUUGUCCUCACUUCGGCAAUAAUGCACCUGGCAGUGGGCACUUCGAAUGCCUCUACUCAGGGAGGGUCCGACGCUGCCGUAUCGGAACCCUCGACGGCCAAGGGUGCCGAAGGGGACGCUGACCAUGCUCACCCGAGGCCGUCAUCUUCCAGCACGGCAGGCCCCAAGUCACCCGCCAGCAAUUCGACCGCGAAGCCAAGUGGUUCCCGCGUCGCCGAAGCCAUCAACCAGGGGAUUGCCGACCUCACGGAAAUGGCGCCAUGUCAUAACUUUGCCGAGCAGGCCCUCCAUAUCCUCCGGUACCUAGCCAAGAAGUGGAACAUCAAGAUCAAGAUCCCGCCUCCGGAGCAGGCGCUCUCCAAGGAGGAUUCUGACCAGCUCGUGAAGCCGCAGACGAGCAGCUUGAACUUUUUCACUCCCAACGUCGCCGAGACGGACUUCAUAUGCAACUGGGGUACCCCAGAAAAGUCCGGCACCUCGCCAGGUGAGGAGAUGUCUGGCGCGCAGGCACUAGUCGAGGAUCAGCAAGCUCAGGACGGGAUCAAACCCAAGUCUUUCCGUGCGUCGCCAAAGGCAAGCGCCAUGAAGCAAGACAAUGACCACAAUAUGGAGGACGUCGGUAACAUGGGAGCAGCGGCCGAGGGGGGCGAGCCGCUCCGCCCGGCGCAGACGGACUUGGGGCUCGGACCCAUGGCACACACGGCCAAGAGUCUGGAGAACCCGUUGUUCUGGCCGUUCCCCAUGCAAGGAAGACCUAUGCUGCCAUCGGGACGGCAGUUGGAGGAGGCCGGGUUCUGCCUACUCUAG